AGUUGGCACCACUGUCGGUGUUUCUCGGUUUUGUUUUUGUCUUGUCACUUGUCAUAGAGAUUGUUUGGUUUAUGUUUCAAAUACAUUAAGUAUUUUAUUCUAAAAAAUAAGUCAAAUUAUAAGCAACGUAUACUAUGCAUGAUUCAGAAAAUGUGUUAAGAACGAUAUGUUGUACUUGUUUGAGUCGUAAAAGGAAGUUAUUUCAACUUUGUCGGCUUGCUGAUGGAGUAAAUAAUUUAUAUUCACUGUUAUCAUACGAUGAAGAGGCUUAUAAGGAAGUAUUCUACAAGGACACAGCCAGCCUGCACGUUUGCUGGGAGUGCAAGGCUGUGUUGUCUAAAAUCAGCCUGUUCCGACACCAAGCCUGCUCCAUACAGAAACAGCUGACAGAUAUUGCUGAUGGACGGACAAAUAUAGAAAAUCUUAAACAUGGUCUCUCAAAUUUAAUAACAACAACCAAGGACACAUACGAUGUAAUUAUCUCAAAUCUGACUGAUGAAACAGACAAUUUUAUCGAUUGCGGUCCAGCCAGCAGUGAUGAUGAUAUACCUCUGUCAGAGUUGAAUCCUAAUUGUGUUUCAGAUGAUGAUAGCUUUAAUGAGAAAAUAAAAUCCCGAGCAAAAGUGAAGUUAAAAAAGAAAACUAAUGUCAAAAUUAAUGAUAAUGAAUCUUCUUUGUUGAGACACAAGAAAUAUUUUACAGAGACAAAAAUGUCCAAUGAAGAUAUGCUGAAAAUGAGAGAAGAAAUUAAAUUAGGCACUUUUAAAGAUGCGCUGUGCAAAUGCGAAUCUUGUUUAAUAGAGUUUAAGACUGAUAUUGCUUUAAAGAAACAUGAUGAGGAUUUUCAUACUAUGAAAGAGAAGCACUCCCAGUGCUCUACCUGCCUCUCUUUCACACCCGACGAUGAAAUUGAAUCGCACUUAGAAAGUCAUCUUAUGAAGUACACUUGUAAAUUAUGUGGACUUGUUGUCACUCCGAGAGAUAUGGCGAAACAUGUGUACGGCCAUAGAGAAAUGAAAGAUCUUCGUAUGGCAGUCUCUCCCAAUACGAAAAUGAAGAAUGCAUGCAAAGAUAAAAUCUCGUCACAUGGUGAUACCUUUAAAUGCCCGGAGUGCAAUAAAUAUUUCGACACAAAAAACAAGCGUUGGAAACACAUUCAGCGUUGCCACCGCGAGGGCUACGCUUGCGACAAAUGCGGAAAGCGGUUUCCGUUCGCUAACAACUUGAAUAGGCAUGUGCGUCUCCACCUAUCCCCACCACCUCGGGAACAAUGCCCAAUAUGUCGCAAGUCGGUCCGAUGCGAUCUGAUGAAAUCGCACGCGCUGACGCACGCAGCUCGCGAGCGUCACUCGUGCCGAGCGUGCGACAAGUCGUUCGUGAGUCGCGCGUCGUACCAACACCAUUUGAAGUAUACGAGGGCGCACGCGCAUGGCGAUAUUCUCAAAUACAAAUGCGAGACAUGCGACAAAGGAUACCGCUCCCGGGCGGAACUCCGGGACCACGUCAGCUAUCAGCACGAGAACAGGACUCGGCAUAAAUGUCCCGAGUGCGGGAAGGCACUCGCAACGCGGCGAUGUAUAGCGCGUCACGUGCGGCGCGCCCACCGCGGCGUUAAAGAGAACGCCAGAGACAAAAUAUGCCAGCUUUGCGGCAAAGCGUUCAGGGACAAAAAAGGUCUUCGUGAACACCAGUUUAUACACAGCGGUGAGCGGCCGCUGUCGUGUGAAAUUUGCGGCCGCACGUUCCGGCAGAGCGCGUCACUUUACACGCAUAGGAAGCGAGUGCAUAAGAUUUGUCCGCGGAAGAAGAAUGUGGAAUUGUUAGAUAUUGAUGUCAAAUAAACAAUAUUAUGCAGAUAUCCGCGGAAGAAUGUGGAAUUGUUAGACAUUGAUGUCAUAUAAACAGUAUUAUGCAGAUAUCCGCGGAAGAAGAAUGCUGAAUUGUUAGACAUUGAUGUCAAAUAAACAAUAUUAUGCAGAUAUCCGCGGAAGAAGAAUGUUGAAUUGUUAGAUAUUGAUGUCACAUAAACAGUAUUAUGCGGAUAUCCGCGGAAGAAGAAUGUGGAAUUGUUGGAUAUUGAUGUCAAAUAAACAAUAUUAUGCAGAUAUCCGCGGAAGAAGAAUGUUGAAUUGUUAGAUAUUGAUGUCAAAUAAACAGUAUUAUGCAGAUAUCCGCGGAAGAAGAAUGUUGAAUUGUUAGAUAUUGAUGUCAAAUAAACAGUAUUAUGCAGAUAUCCGCGGAAGAAGAAUGUUGAAUUGUUAGAUAUUGUUGUCAAAUAAACAGUAUUAUGCAGAUAUCCGCAGAAGAAGAAUGUGUAAUUGUUAGAUAUUGAUGUCAAAUAAACAGUAUUAUGCAGAUAUCCGCGGAAGAAGAAUGUGGAAUUGUUAGACAUUGAUGUCAAAUAAACAAUAUUAUGCAGAUAUCCGCGGAAGAAGAAUGUUGAAUUAUUAGAUAUUGAUGUCAAAUAAACAAUAUUAUGCAGAUACCCGCGGAAGAAGAAUGUGGAAUUGUUAGAUAUUGAUUUCAAAUAAACGAUAUUAUGCAGAUAUCCGCGGAAGAAGAAUGUGGAAUUGUUAGACAUUGAUGUCAAAUAAACAGUAUUAUGCAGAUAUCCGCAGAAGAAGAAUGUGGAAUUGUUAGAUAUUGAUGUCAAAUAAACAAUAUCAUGCAGAUAUCCGCGGAAGAAGAAUGCUGAAUUGUUAGAUAUUGAUGUCAAAUAAACAAUAUUAUGUAGAUAUCCGCGGAAGAAGAAUGUUGAAUUGUUAGACAUUGAUGUCAAAUAAACAAUAUUAUGCAGAUAUCCGCGGAAGAAGAAUGUUGAAUUGUUAGACAUUGAUGUCAAAUAAACAGUAUUAUGCAGAUAUCCGCGGAAGAAGAAUGUGGAAUUGUUAGAUAUUGAUGUCAUAUAAACAGUAUUAUGCAGAUAUCCGCGGAAGAAGAAUGUUGAAUUGUUAGAAAUUGAUGUCAAAUAAACAAUAUUAUGUGGAUGAAGCGAAGGAAGUAUGCAGAGAUCGUGGCAAGUGGACAGAUGUAGUCUCUACCUACCCCUUUGGGAAAGAGGCGUGAUUUUAUGUAUGUAUGUAUGUAAACAAUAUUAAGCAGUUUUGCCGUGUGGUUCUUGAGAAUAGGAUAGACCUCCGGGCUUGGAAGGAAAAAUGUGGCGCCAUAUCUACGCCACAAGUCACAACGAGCAACCACGCGACGCUAUCAGUUAAAAGUCUAAAUCGCGCAAGCAAAGUUUCACGGAUUGGAUCAUGGAGUCGCCGGAUAAUUUUAAUCUUAAGUGGUCAGACGUUAUAAAUGUAGUAACUUUUAAAGACUUGACCAUAAUCAAUCCUGGAUCGUAGUCAUAGGUCUGGGCUCUCCCAUUAUGGUUUAUUUUCUUCAAAAAGUAAAAAUCUUUGUGCAAUACACGUGUAAUAAAGUGUAAGUUAAUUUAUUAUUAAUGUGUGUUAAAGUAAAUUGCUUAGUUUAGAGUUAAUAUUUGUAAAUUUGUAGGUAUGGAGCGGUAAACCUACGCGACGUAUUUCUUAAAAAAUAUAACUUAAUACAUACCUACUUGGUACCAUAAGAUUGAGUUUUAUUUUUUAUUAUUUACUUUUUAAUGGGAACCUACCAAUCCAGGGUAAUCAGGUUUUGUCCAUUAUUAUGUAAUGUAAAAGUACCUGUGCAUGCUCUACAUUACAGAGAGACUGCCUUUGUGGCGCAGCGGUAAUGCGCGUGUCUGUGACUGGAGGUCCCAGGUUCGAAUCCCGGCCAGGGUAACGAACUUUCUCUGAUUGGCCUGGGUCUUGGAUGUUUUUAUUACCUACUUAAAUUAUUUAUAAAUACUUAUAUAAUAAGUAGUAUCGUUGAGUUAGUAUCUCGUUACCCAAGUUUCAAACUUACUUCGACGCUAACUCAAUCUGUAUAAUUUGUCCCGUAUAUAUAUUUAAAAUUUAUUUAAAUGAGAUAAAAAUAUUGGAAAAAUGAGUCAUUUUUAUAACAGACUAUUUAUAUGUAUGUAGAUUGUAGGUACAUAUAGUAAAUGUAUUUUUAUGACUUCUAUUUUUAUUUUAUUGUCAAGUUUUAUUUGUACAAGUGAAAUUAAUUGUAUACGACAAUACAGUCGUGGUUUAGUGUCACGAUGUCAGUCUUCACAUAAGACAGUUUAAUUUAGUAGUGUCAACUUUGUGUAUUCCUAUUCGAAAAAUCAUUUCGUUUCGUUGUACGAGACCCACCUUCCUACUUUGACUGGUUCGCAUAGUAUGAUCCAAGGCGGCAUCAAG